UUGCAGUCUAACAUUUUGAUAGUUGCUGAUUCUUGCUCCGUUGAACGACAUGGGAAAAUUCUACGUCUUCCUCUCAGUAGUCACCAUUCUAGGUCUCCUCUCUGAGGCUAAUAGUGCAUGCAAAGCCCCCGAUAAAGUGAUUAAACGGAAGAAGAAAGUCCUUGCGGGAUGCUUAAAAAAAGGAUAUCAAUCAUCUCUCGAAGGAUGCGUUUCAGGUAGUGGAAAGCCAAAGCGCAGACAAGUGAAGGCAUGCACGGAGGUGGAGAAACAGCUGGCAUCUUGUGAUGUCUCCUGUAUAGAGAAAGUAGAUGGUAAAUAUGGUCCCUUCGGAGAAUGGGGUACUUGCUCGGCGGCAUGUUGGGGUGGCUCACAGUCAAGAACAAGGGAAUGCAACAACCCUGCUCCAUCAGGUGGAGGCGCAGGUUGUGUUGGAGAAGCAAAUGGAGUUCGAGCUUGUAACGAAAAUGUCUGCCCUGUGCAUGGUGGAUGGAGUGCCCCUGGAGAGUGGUCAGCUUGCUCAGCAACAUGUGGAGGUGGCACUCAGUCCAGAUCAAAGAUUUGCAACAGCCCUGCUCCGGCAAAUGGUGGCGCAGAUUGCUCUGGAGAAGCCUCUGAAACUCAAGCUUGUAACGAAAAUGUCUGCCCUGUGCAUGGUGGAUGGAGUGCCCCUGGUGAGUGGUCAGCUUGCUCAGCAACAUGUGGAGGUGGCACUCAGUCCAGAUCAAAGAUUUGCAACAGCCCUGCUCCGGCAAAUGGUGGCGCAGAUUGCUCUGGAGAAGCCUCUGAAGUUCAAGCUUGUAACACUCAAGGCUGCCCUGUGAAUGGUGGAUGGAGUGCCCCUGGAGAGUGGUCAGCUUGCUCAGCAACAUGUGGAGGUGGCACUCAGUCCAGAUCAAAGAUUUGCAACAGCCCUGCUCCGGCAAAUGGUGGCGCAGAUUGCUCUGGAGAAACCUCUGAAACUCAAUCUUGUAACGAAAAUGUCUGCCCUGUGAAUGGUGGAUGGAGUGCCCCUGGAGAGUGGUCAGCUUGCUCAGCAACAUGUGGAGGUGGCACUCAGUCCAGAUCAAAGAUUUGCAACAACCCUGCUCCGGCAAAUGGUGGCGCAGAUUGCUCUGGAGAAGCCUCUGAAGUUCAAGCUUGUAACGAAGAUGCCUGCCAUUGCAACAAUUUGCUAAGUUUGGGCUGCUGGAGGGACGAAUUCAGCAGAGCUAUAGAUGGUGGAAUCAGACUCAGGGGUGACUGGGAAGCAUGUCGGGCUUAUGCUUUGGCACGAGGCUGGAAUAUCUUUGCUAUUCAGUACGGUAAUGAAUGUUUCACUAGUGCCAAUCCCAAUUACCAAAGGUAUGGUAGGUCUGGAGACUGUAGGGACGGUAGAGGCGGAGGCUGGGCCAACGACGUCUACAUGAUACAGUGCAAUGGACAAUAGUUAAAACAGUCACAUGACUGAGAAUGGAAUGGACUACGAAGAUGGAAUAUAGACUUAAUCAAUUUGCAUGUUUUGAACUUAAAAAGAAUUCAGAAAAAAAUUUCCAAGAAUAUUUAGAAUACAUUAUCUUCAAUUACCACUAUUGAAAA